GCACAACCUAGCCCACUCCGCCGCCGCCGCUCGUCCACAGCUCGCCGCCGCGGCGCCCCUCCCGGCGACGACUGAUGCUCCGCCCCCUAGCCGCCUCCACCCCGCCGUCCCCGAGCAGCUCGCCGACGCUGACCAGAGCAGAGGCCCGUACGACGGUCUCCGAACUGCUCGCGAAGUAGGGGAAGCCGCCACCGCGUUGUCGUCGCCUAAGCUUCGCCGGUGCUCGCAGGGUUUUGGUUUGGUUUGGUUUGGUCCGUGAGGGUUUGAUCAGGAAAGUGCUUGGGCUCAAGUCUGAAGCUGAACCAACACCGGCAAUGGGAGACGAAAGCAACACACUCCGUGUACUUGUGGCAACCGAUUGCCAUCUCGGCUACAUGGAAAAGGACGAGAUUCGUAGGUUUGAUUCAUUUGAGGCGUUUGAAGAGAUAUGCUCAUUAGCAGAGCAGAAUAAGGUUGAUUUUGUGCUACUUGGUGGUGACCUUUUCCAUGAGAACAAACCUUCACGUUCAACCUUAGUUAAGACCAUUGAGAUUCUACGGCGUUACUGCUUGAAUGACCAGCCAGUGAAGUUCCAGGUUGUCAGUGAUCAGACAAUCAACUUUCCAAACAGAUUCGGCCAAGUAAAUUAUGAAGAUCCAAACUUCAAUGUUGGAUUGCCUGUGUUCACUAUCCAUGGAAACCAUGAUGAUCCAGCUGGUGUGGAUAAUCUCUCUGCAAUUGAUAUUCUCUCAGCCUGCAAUCUUGUAAAUUAUUUUGGGAAGAUGGACCUUGGUGGCUCUGGUGUUGGUGAAAUAGCAGUCUAUCCUGUACUCGUAAAAAAGGGUACAACUUUUGUUGCGCUCUAUGGCCUUGGAAACAUUAGAGAUGAACGAUUAAACAGGAUGUUUCAGACACCUCAUGCUGUACAAUGGAUGCGACCUGAAACUCAAGAUGGAAUGUCAGUAUCUGACUGGUUCAAUAUUCUUGUUCUUCAUCAGAAUAGGAUAAAAACAAACCCUAAAAGCGCAAUCAAUGAGCAUUUCUUACCACGUUUUCUGGACUUUAUAGUAUGGGGCCAUGAGCAUGAAUGCCUUAUUGAUCCCCAGGAGGUACCUGGGAUGGGUUUUCACAUCACUCAACCAGGCUCAUCAGUUGCAACCUCCCUGAUUGAUGGUGAAGCAAAACCAAAGCAUGUUCUCUUGUUAGAAAUCAAGGGAAACCAGUAUAGGCCAACCAAAAUACCUUUGAGAUCCGUUAGGCCCUUUCACUAUGCUGAGGUUGUGUUAAAAGAUGAAGUGGAUGUUGAUCCCAAUGAUCAGGCCUCUGUUCUUGAACAUUUGGAUAAAAUUGUAAGAAAUCUUAUUAAGAAGAGUAGUCAGCCAACAGCCAGUAGACCAGAGACCAAACUUCCACUAAUUAGAAUCAAGGUAGAUUACUCUGGGUUUUCAACAAUUAAUCCACAACGAUUUGGUCAGAAGUAUGUCGGGAAGGUUGCAAACCCCCAGGAUAUUCUUAUCUUCUCAAAAUCAGCAAAAAAGCGUCAGACUACUGGAGUAGGCAAUAUUGAUGACUCUGAGAAACUUCGUCCCGAGGAACUAAACCAACAAACUAUUGAAGCUUUGGUUGCCGAAAAUAACUUGAAAAUGGAGAUUCUUCCAGUUGAUGACUUGGACAUUGCAUUGCAUGAUUUUGUGAGCAAGGAUGACAAGAUGGCGUUUUAUGCCUGUUUGCAGCGGAAUCUUGAAGAAACCAGAACUAAAUUGAAUUCAGAGGCAGAUAAAUUUAAAAUAGAGGAAGAAGAUAUAAUAGUCAAAGUUGGCGAGUGCAUGCAGGAACGUGUGAAGGAAAGGUCCCUCCGCUCCAAGGAAGAUUCACGGUUCACGUCAAGCUCUCAAAACUUGGAUACUGGAGGUAGAUCUGUUACAGCUCAAAGUAACCUGAACUCUUUCAGUGAUGAUGAAGACACCAGGGAGAUGCUUCUCGGUGCAAGAACAACUAAUGCUGGAAGGAAAGCAUCUGGAUUUACAAGACCCUCUAAAGAUGCUACCGAUGUUGCCAAAACUGGAACUUCCAGAAGGGGCAGGGGAAGAGGGACGGCCUCAAUGAAGCAGACCACUCUGAAUUUCAGCCAAUCAAGGUCAAGUGCUGCUAUCCGCAGUGAGGAAGUGCAAUCUUCUUCAGAUGAGGAAAAUGAGACUAAUGAAGCAAACGAAGUUGUUGAAUCUUCAGAACCGGAGGAGAGUCCCCAACAAACUGGACGGAAAAGGGCAGCUCCUAGAGGUGGUAGAGGUAGGGGUAGAGGCGCUACUGCAAAAAGGGGUAGAAAAGCAGAUAUUUCAUCCAUCCAGAGCAUGCUGAUGAGCAAAGAUGAUGAUGACGAUGAUGAAGAUGACAGGCCGAAGAAACCUCCACCUCGGGUCACUAGGAACUACGGAGCUGUUAGGAGGAGAUGACCUCUUGUUAGUCUAAGUCUGCCUGGCAAAUUAAGUUUCCAAUGAACUACUGGAACGCCAACUCGCGUGAUUUGUACAUUCCUUAGCCUCAUGGAUUUACGUGCUUGUAGCUGCUAAAUGCUGGAUGUCAGUUUGUACAUUGGCAACAUGACAUUCAUGCGGGCACAAGGGAUUCUCAUCAUCAAUAGUAGGUGUUCUUCAGAGACUAGAA